AUGUGGAGCAAGCUGUCUGCGUCAUCAUGCCGCAUUAAUCCCACAACAACAACAACAUCCAAUGACAGACACAGGAGGCGACCAGUCGGAGCCUCUUCCUCUUCAUCAUCUUUUCUUUCCAAAUCUACCAGUCAAUUUUUAAUCAUUACAUUUUUAAUUAUUAUUGGAGUUUUUACGAACAUUUCCUUUCAGCAACACACAUCAUCAGAAGCAAAUGCUCCAAUUUCUUUGAACAGGGUCAGUGCAUUGAUUGCAUGGAACAGUGAUGGUGUAACUUUAAAGGCUACAACAUCAGGACUCAGCGAAGAUGAUAAGCAAAAUUGUUUUUAUUGGACAACUCUGCAUCCAGAGUUGGUAACCUUGGUGCCUGUAAACAAAAUAUCGGAUGACCAUAAAGUAGGAGGCUCACAAGUGAUGACAUGUUCUCAAGAAAUUCAAGUUAUUCCAAAAGGUUUUCACUCAAAAGCACAAGUAGCCAUUGUUACGGCUCAUCGACACCAUCCUUCUUCAGGUUCAUCGGGCGCCACUGCUUUCUGUGAAGUUUUUAUAGACUCUAUCAGUCAAGUAAAAUUGCAAACUACAGUCCGAAAACUGACUAUUAACGAAUUGGAAACUUUACAAGUUGACGGAUUUGAUGCGGAGGGAAACAUUUUUUCUUCAUUGACAGGAUUAAGCUUUGUAUGGAAAUCUGAAGGAUUAUCAGGACACAAAAAGAAAGGUCUCAUUGAACUCAUUGACAUUAAUGACGAGUCUGUACAUUUCUUUGAUGAAAAGAAAAGAAUUAAGAGAGGCGUUGGAAGCCACGACGUCAUUAUUGCAAAAGGUUUACAAUCAGGUGAGGUUUCAGUUUCAGUUUCAUUGAAGAGCACCCAAAAAGAAGGUGUGACCUUAUCUGACACGGUCACUAUUUCUGUUACUGACAGCUUCAUGUUGAAACCUAAAAACGAGAUGAGAGUUGUACCUGGUACAGUUAUUCCAUUCGAGCUAUAUAUUAAGAAGUAUUCUGAAAAAAAUCAAUUUGAACUCAUUCCAAUGCCAAAUCGAAACUACGAAUGGCUAUCUUUGAACAAGGCUGUUGGAGAAAUUGCUCCUAGUACUGGAGUAUUUAAAGCCAUUGAUCUUGGAUCUACCAAUAUUAUGGCUCAAGAUGUUACUUUCAAUUUGAACAAAGCCUCUGCACUCGUUCACGUUGUGAAACCUGCUUCUAUCAAAAUUUUGAUCAGUCCAAAGAAAGAAAGACUCUAUAGAGGCUAUGAAUACGUAUUGAAAAAUUACAAAAAUGCUAAUAAUGAUGAACAUUCAAGUCUGGUGGUUAACAAUGAAUAUGAAGUGAAGAUUGAGUUGUACGAUCAAUAUCACAUGCCAAUAUUAAGUCGUUCCAAGAACGAAGAUUUAUUUUUGAUUAGAGCUGAUCAAGUUGGAGAUGUCAUUUUCAAAGCUUCUCUCAACACUGGAGAGUUGACAUCUGGAGCAUCAUUUUCUGCUCAUGAAAAUAUUGAGCUUACUCAAUCAAGACCAAUCUCUAUUGUUCCUCCUGUCACCAUUCAACUUCAAGACAGCAUUAUUUAUUUACCUCACGACUUUGGUGUCGAACAAAUGUUCAGAAUUGAAGCCACAGGUGGUAGUGGUUUGUUAAUGUGGACAGCUGUUAACCCAGGUUCAUCAUUUGAUGUUGUCAGCCAAAAGGGACCAGGAAAAGUUUAUGGUAUUUUGACUUCCAAACGAAAUGGAGAGGCUGAUGUUAUUGUGUUUGAUCAACAGAAUUUGUACAAUGGUGACUCUCGUGUUGUAUCUGUUUCUCAACCUCAUAGUUUGCGUUUUGAAAAAGGUGUUCGUGAAGUUGCCGUAGAUGACAGUUUGUGUUUACGUCUCAAAGCACUCGACAGCAAUGGAAACAUCUACCACAAUAUUUCUAGCCUGCAAUUUGAGUGGAGCAUUACUGACACUUCCGUGUAUACCAUUUCAUCUCAUUCAUGUCAAGUAGGAAAAAGCGUUUACGCGGAAGUUUCUAUUCGAGCUAUUCAAGAGGGAUUUACUACAGUGAAAGCCAAGUAUCAAAAUGGAAAGUUACAAGAGAAGACACAUGUUGCAGUUUAUCCUCGUUUACAAAUCACAGAACCAUUCACUGACAAUAAUAAGGUUUUCCUUGUUCCAUUAGGAGCCACUGCACAACUCACUGUCAGUGGAGGUCCUCAACCUUGGGAUAGUUUUGUGAAGAAAGAGUCAAGAAUUACUGAUACCAUUGUUGCUGAAGAACCAGAUCGUCUUAAAAUUGCCAAAGAUACGAAUACGUUGGAGAAUGUCAAGAACAGAAAGAGAUCAUUCUACAUCACUUGCUUGGAUUUUGGAAAACAACAAUUAUCUGUUGAGAUUAAUCAUCAAAUUCCAACGGAAGACGCAUUGCCAAGUGCAGCCUCCAUUAAGGUUCAGUACUCUUGUCAACAACCAGCACAUCUCAAAGUCAUUCCCCUCAAUCCUUCGACAAUGGAAGAAUUGAGCUUAAUUUCAAAAAAGAAUAUUAGAACAUACAGUGUUAGAAAUAAUCAAACAAUACCUGCCAUCAUGCAUGUUUAUGACAAAGAGGAAAAUCAAUUUAUAACACUCUCAACUCUUCAUGAUUCAUGGGAUUUGAGCAAUAAUAAUAUUGUCAAGUUUUCUCCACAACAACAAGCACCAGGAUUCAGACUAUUGGAUAUCAACGAAAACGAGGGUACCGUCGUACUCACUGGAAAAAUUACUGGAUACAAAAGAGAUGAGCUCAAACGACACGUCUCCAAUGCAAUCAUUUCCACUGCUAUUUCAUCUUUUUCUUCACCUUUGGUUGAUGAAAUUGAAUUACGAAUUGCACCAAAUGUUUUUAUUACUCCAACUAGUUUCCUCUUAUUCAGACAUAGAAAAGUCUCUCUCACAGUGAAGGCGAGUGGUGGAUCAGGCAAAUACGACUUUUCUCACAACAAUACUCAUGUAGCCGAUUUGGUUCCAAAAGACUCGAGGGCCGAAGUCAUUGGCCUUAUUCCAGGCUAUGUGAGAGUGGAUGUUGUUGAUUCUUAUUCUCGUGUGAGUCCUGCUGCCAGCUGUUUUGUAAAGGUUGCUGAUGCACAUGAUGUCGCUUUGGAAGGUGAACAUUUUGUUCAAGUGGAUCGAUCCAUUUCACUCAAGUUGAGAGUGUUUGACGAUACUGGCGCACCAUUCCCAGAAUCUCAACAUUUUGCCAUGAAUCCUUCGAUUGACAUUGACACAACACGUACAGUCGUAAUUAAGCAGUCUGAUUCGAGCUCUGACGAGUAUAUACUCACUGGCGAAAGAGUUGGUAUUGUGAAACUUGUAGCCAGUGUUUUGAAUUCAGAUGGUCGACGAGUGUUCAGUGCUCCUUUCGUUGUGAAUGUAUUUGAACCAAUGAAAGUAGAGCCAGAAGAAUUGGUCUUGAUUCCAGGAGCCAACUAUCAAGUUUAUGUUUCAGGAGGCCCAGCAGAGUCUCAACGUGUUUCUACUGUAUUCCGCUUUGAAAAUUCCAAUGUGGCUUCGGUAGAUCAAAGGGGUGUGGUGACUGGUAUUGCCUAUGGCGAAGAAACAUUAAUUAUUGAAAAGAAGAGUACCUAUUCAAACGUUAUUUAUUCCCGAAAAACUUUGUCUGUUUAUGUGGUGCAACUUGUUGGACUUAAGGUUCCAUCUCCUUUGACCUUAUUUGAAUAUAACUUUGUGCCUGUUCCAGUUUAUGGUGUCUAUACAAGAGGAGCUUCCCAGACCAAGCAUUUACUCUCUCCAGUUUUUAUGCAAUCUCCUUACUUCAAAGUCGCUGUAGACUCCCAAGAUAGUGGUGUGGCAUUUGUGAAUCAACCCUACAGCAACACUGGCCACUCCGUAUUUAUCUCAGGAAAGAAGGUGGGCAAGACACAGUUGGAUAUAAGCGCUGCUUUCAGUGGACAUCCUUCUCUUUCUUCGUGGCACGUACAAACUAGUGCCAUUGUUCAAGUGGAUGACAAAUUGAAAUUGAUUGAUUUCCCACACAAAGACCUAAUUCUUGCUCCAAAAUCAUCUACCUUCCGUUUAAAGACAAACAAGGACAAUAUUUCACUUCAAAAGUAUUCAAUUGCAAAGAGUGACACGUAUGAAAAUGUUCUCUCUGUGGCAAAGAAUGGUGAAAUUACCACCCACACUACAGAAGGUAUUUCAAUUGUUAUUAUUGAAGAGGUUGCUACAGGACAAACCGUUGCUCAAAAAGUGUCGGUGCAAAAUCCACAUUUCUUGUCCAUGCACUUGAAUCAAUAUGGACACACAUUUGGAUAUGAUUUUAAGGUACAAGUCGAUAGCGAUAUUGAAAUUCCACUGUCUGCACUUUCAAUGCGCGGUGAAAAAUUUGUGUCAAUUACUGGAAUUAAUCUUAACUCACGCAUGAAUUACCAUGAUGUGGUGACUAUCAAAGUAGAUGCAAUCCGAGAGGUACUCCUUGUUCGUGCCAAUUCUGUAGGCGUUGUCACCGUAGAACUCUCUUCAUCUGAGCUCAAGGAAGCCUAUUACUGCCAAUUCACUGUAGUUGCUUCUUCCAGAGGUGCUUCAGAAAAGCCAGUUGUUUCAUCAUUGACGUUACAUGUGGGUGAUACCAUCGACUUGUCUAAUGAUUGGGAAAGCGAUGAUUCUACAGUAUUGUCAAUCGAUCGAUAUGGACAUGCUACCGCACAUCAAGUAGGCGUUGUCACUCUCACAUCCAAAGGAAAGGCUUCUCAAAUCCGAGUGAAGAUUGUCACAAUUUCGAGCGCCAGAAUCAUGUUAUCAAAAGCAGAGUUUAGCUCUAGCAUUGACCCAUCCAAAACUUCACCUCUUCGCGUUCCUAUUCGAUUAUUUGAUGACAAUCAGCAAAUUUUCGAUUUACCACAAGAUCCAAGAGUAAGAAGAAAUACCAUUGUUGAAUGUACAUCAAAUAUUCCAUGGCUUGAUGUCAUUGGUACAGAAAAAGUGGGUAAUCAUUACGAGUGUCUUGUCAAACCCAAUCGUCAGUCAUUUGUUUCUGGAGAUUUACAAAAAUUAUCCUCUGGCUUCCAAGAUUUAUAUUUCGUCAUUAAGGUCAAAUAUGGAGAGGCAGCACAUGAUCAAUUAACACUCAAAACACCAUCCAUCUCUGCAAAGUUCACAUCAGGCAAAGCAUCUGAACCUUCUACUUCGAGUCGAAUCAAUGAGUCAUCCCCAUCUCAACAAGAGCAAGAAGAGUCCUCAGGAUACUUUGGUUAUAUCAUUCUUUCAUUAAUUAUUGGUGUAUUAGGAUUUGUAAUUUAUGGGUCCAUGAUUGGAUCGUCAUCAUCGCCUCGAACUUUCGAAAGAGGGGCAUCUCCCAAUCGAUUCGUGUCUAGCUCAGGUCAAAGAGGCUCUCCUGUAAUGAUGACACAACCACAAGCUCAACAGAGUCCUUAUUUAAGCAGACAACAACGAGAAAUACCAGGAAGUACAUCCAGAACUUUCAGACACAGUAAUAGCUCAGGUUUUCAUCUGACCAAUAGUGCCUUUAAGGCAAGCAAUCCAUACUAUGCGGAUCCAUAUUACAGAGAUGACGAUCAAGAGUAG